AGGCCAGUUUUCCGUGAUCACCCUGCCUACCUGGACUGGAGAAUGUGUGUGACAGUUUGUGGCUGGGAAGGGAUGCCGAAGAUGGAACCAGUUUGUCUGCUUUGGGGAGGGUAUGUUUUCGCCGACUGAGGCACGGGGAAGGUAUGCUGAAGGUGGAACCAGUUUUUCUGCUUUGGGGAGGGUAUGCUUUCGCUGAGUGAGGCACAGGGUAGGCACUCCUACAGGAGUACGGAACACCAUGGACUGCUAACACUCAACUUUCUCACAUCGGUGGUAAAACUCCUAGGGGCUGAGUAACUACAAACUGCAUGGUCAAAACAACCCAAUGGAGCCUAAGGUUUAGACAGAAGAGCUUUUCAUAAAGGAUCAUGGCAGGUGUCCGCAGCGGGAGGAGGACCUCUGGGGGGCUGAUGCUGGAGGAAUCAGAUAAAGGACGAUUGGUCGUCUCCAGUGUUGUCGAUGGCUCCUUGGCCAAUCAGGGGCUCAAGGAAGGAGAUGAAAUUGUGGGUGCCACAAUCAACUUUGACCAACUUUCAAAAGACGAUGUGUUGAAAAUACUGAAGCUGAUGGAUGAUAAUAGAUUUGAUGAGAAGGUUCAAGUUCUGACAAAAAAUAAUUUGCGCAAGAGUAUGGCGACCUUGGACAGCAUCAAAGCACCAGAGGAGAUGCUGAAGGAUUCCUAUAACAGACUCAAUGCCAAAAUAAAGAAGUUCAUGAAAGAGGACAGCUCUGGACAACCUACAGCUUCUGGGGAAAGAGGCUCUCCUAAUAGACAGGUGAAAGGCAAGGAACCGAGACCUCUCUGGGCCAAGCCUAAUGUCAGAGGAACAGACUCUACAGUGACUCUCGAUGCUCCUGGUGGAGAACUUUCAUUGCCUAAUGCCAACAUGAGUACAUCAGAUCUCUCUCUAGCUCAUUUGAAUGGGUCUUUAGGGGCUGAUCUUGAUGUCAAUAUCUCAGAUUUACCUUCAGUAGACCUUAAAGGUUCCAAAAUAGAUCUAGAAUUGGCAGAUUCAGACAUUGGUAUCUCAUCUGGGAAGAUAAAAACACCAAGUCUUGGAAUGGCUGACUUUGCUAUAUCUGGACCAAGAGUUAGGAAUCCAGACCUGGACCUCUCAGCGGUUGAGAUGUGUCUAUCAGACGUCAGUUUGCCUGACCUCAGUACUCCAGAUAUUGAUAUACCGUCAGGUAAAUUCAAACUAAAGAAACCACAUGCAGAACUCAAAGCUCCUGAUUACAAUGUGGAUGCCCCCUCUGGUAAACUGAAGAUGCCCAAAUUUGAUGUUACUGGCCUAAAAAGAACAGAUCUGGGAAUUGAUGAUGAUGUAAAAACACCAAAACUAAUUCUCAAAGCUCCCAAGAUAAAAGGCGGACUUGAUGCACCUGACUUGGACUUACCCAUAGUCGACCUAAAAUCACCUAAAUUAGAUGUAAACACUCCAGAUAUUGACAUCAACCCACCCUCAGAAAAAUUCAAAAUGCCAAUGUUUAAGAUGCCUAUAUCUGGCCUUUCGGGCCCUAAAGGACCAAAUGUUGGCAUUGAUAGAGACUUGGAUGGACCAGAUCUGAGCUUAUUAUCUUCCAAAUUAAGAUGGCCAGACUUGGAUGUUGGUAGCCCAUCUGGAAAAUUAAAGAUACCAAGUCUAAAGGUGCCAGACUUUGGCUUCUCGGGGCCAGAUGUUCAAGGGCCCGACUUAGAGGUAAAGACUCCAGACUUGGAUCUUUCCGCCCCCAAGUUUGAAGGGGGAAUUAGUCCCCCAGAUUUGAAUCUGCCAGAUGUGGACCUCAAAGGCCCCAAAUUAGACCUAAAUGCUCCAGAUUUUGACAUAGAUAUGCCCUCAGGUAAUGUCAAAGUACCUACAUUGAAUAAACCAAAGGUUGAUCUGAAUGCUCCUGAUCUGGACAUCGAUGGGCCCUCUGGUAAACUGAAAAUGCCCAAAUUCAAUCUCUUUGGCACAUUGCCAAAAGGACGAGGUCUAGACAUAAAUGCAGGUGUGAAAUCACCAAAGUUAAAAGGUGGGAAUGAUGCCCCUGACAUGGAUUUACCAGACACUGACCUCAAAGCCCCUAAAUUAGAUGUAAACACUCCAGAUGUUGACACUGAUUCACCCACAGGGAAAUUAAAAAUGCCCAAAAUGAAGAUGCCUAAAUUUGUCAUGAAAAGACCUGAUGUUGACAAAGAUGGAGAUCUAGAGGGGCCAGGCCUGAACUUGUCUGCACCAAAAUUGGACAUAGAAGCACCCUCAAUGAAUCUCAAAGGUCCCAAAGCAGACCUAAACAUUCCAAAUGCUGAUUUUGGAAGUCCAUCAGGGAAUUUCAAAAUGCCAAGUUUUAAGAUGCCAGAUUCAGGUUUCUCUGGACCAAAGGUUAAAGUGCAUGACUUUGAGGUAAAUACUCCAGGCUUAGAUCUUUCAGCCCCCAAGUUUAAAGGAGUAAUUAGUCCCCCAGAUCUGAAUCUGACAGAUCUCAAAGGCCCCAAACUAGACCUCAAUGCACCAGAUGUAAACUUUAAUGUGCCCUCAGGUAAAGUCAAUGUACCUACAUUGAAGAAACCAAAGGUUGAUCUGAAUGCUCCUGAUCUGGACAUUAACGGCCCCUCUGGUAAACUGAAAAUGCCCAGAUUUGGGCUGUCUGGUAAAAUGCCAAAAUCCAAAAAACUGAAUCUCAAAUCCCCAACGAUAAAAGGGGGAAUUGAUUCCCCAGACCUGAAUUUUCCAGAUGCUGAUCUAAAAGUCCCUAAACUAGAUGUGAAUACCCCGGAUCUUGACAUCAGUGCAUCCUCUGGUAAAUUCAAAAUGCCCAAAUUCAAAAUGUCUAAAUUCAGAGGCCUAAAGGGACCAGAUGUUGACAUUGAUGGAAACUUGGAGGGCCCAGAUAUUGAUAUCAAUACCCCAACAGCUAACCUCAAAGGUCCCAAAACAGGUCUAAAAAUGCCAGAUUUGAAGAUGCCUGAUUUUGGACUAUCUGGCCCAAAUGUAGACAAACCUGACUAUGACUUAGCUGAUAUUGACCUCUCAGCCCCAAAGCUAAAAGGGGGCAUCAAUCCCCCGGAUUUGAGACUACCUAAGGGUCAUCUCAAAGGGCCCAAACUAGAUAUCAAUGCUCAAGACUUUGAUGUUGACACUCCCUUUAGUAAACUGAAAAUGCCCAAAUUUGGGCUUUCAGGUACUAUGCCAAAAGGACCAAAUGUAGACAUAAAUGCAGGUGCAAAAUCACAAAAUUUAAAUCUAAAAAUGACAAAGAUAAAAGGUGGGAUUGAUGCCCCUGAUAUGGAUCUACCAGACAUGGACCUCAAAGCCCCUGAAUUAGAUGUAAACACUCCAGAUAUUGACAUUGAUUCGCCCAUAGGGAAAUUCAAAAUGCCCAAUCUGAAUAUGCCUAAAUUUGUAAUGAAUGGGCCAAGUAUUGACAUAGAUGGGGAUAUAGAGGGACCAGACCUGAAUUUGUCAUCUCCCAAACUCAAGGGGCCCAAAGCAGACCUAAACCUUCUAGAUGCUGAUGUUGACAGUCCAUCAGGAAAAUUAAAAAGGCCUACUUUCAAGAUGCCAGAUUUAGGUUUCUCUGGACCAAAAGUUAAGGGGCCUGACUUGGACCUUUCAGCCCUCAAGUUUAAAGGGAGAAUUAGUCCCCCAGAUUUGGAUCUUCCAGAUGGAGACCUCAAAGGCCCAAAACUAGACACCAAUGCACCAGAUGUAAACUUUAAUAUGCCCUCAGGUAAAGUCAAUGUACCUACAUUGAAGAAACCAAAGGUUGAUCUUAAUGCUCCUGAUCUGGACAUCGAUGGGCUCUCUGGUAAACUGAAAAAGCCCACAUUCUUGCUGUCUGGUACAAUGUCAAAAUCCCCAGACUUGAGGCUCAAAGCUUCCAACAUUAAGCGGGGAAUUGAUGUUCCAAACAUGAAUUUACCAUAUGCUGACCUCAAAGCCCCUGAACUAAAUGUGAAUGCCCCAUAUCUUGACAGCAAUGAACCCUCUGGGAAAUUAAAAAUGCCCAGAUAUAAAAUGCUUAAAUUUAGAGACCUAAAGAGACCAGAUGUUGACAUAGAUGGAGACUUGGAGGGCCCAGAUAUAGAUAUCAAUGCCCCAACAGCUAACCUCAAAGGUCCCAAAACAGGUCUAAAAAUGCCAGAUUUGAAGAUGCCUGAUUUCAGGCUAUCUGGGCCAAAUGUAGACAAACCUGACUAUGACUUACCUGAUAUUGACCUCUCAGCCCCAAAGCUAAAAGGGGGAAUCAGUCCCCCAGAUUUGAGACUAUAGUAAGGGUCGUCACAAAAGCCCAAAACUAGACCUCAAUGUUCCAGAUAUGCCCUCAGGUAGAUUCAGAGUUACCAGAGUUACCAACCAUAGAGAGGUCAAGUGGUAGCAUCAAAACCUCUGAUUUUGACAUCAACACUACUACAUUCAAAAUGCUUACAUUUGGGUUGUCUACACCAAAAGGACCAGAUCAUGACAUCAGUGCUGACCUAGGUUAAAUUGUCAAAGAUGAAGGUUGGAUUGGUUCACCAGAUCUGGACCUACCUGCAAUUUACUUAAAAGCCCCUAACAUAGAUUUAGACACUCCAGAUAUAAACAUUGAUUCACCAUCUUGGAAAUUCAAAAUGCCUCACCUCAAAAUGCCUAAAUUCAGCCUUUCUGGUCUGAAAGGUCUAGAUGCUGGAAUAGUUGGAGACAUUGAGGGACUGGACCUGAGCUUGUCAACCCUGAAAGUAAACAUGAGGAUUGGUAGUCCAGAUUUAGACAUAAAUGUUCUUCAUUAAAAUUGCCUCAGUUUGGAAGUCGCAAUUGAAGGGCAGUAUCAGAUACGGACUUUAUGAAAACAAAUGACAUUUCUCCUCCAAAGGCUAUAGUGAAUCUAAAAGCACCAGACUUGAAAGUUAGCCACCCAGAUGUCAGCCUGAGCAUACCCAAAGCUGAUAUCAUAAGCCCAGAAUAGUAAACGCAAAUCUGAUAUCCCAGGUGGAACGCAUAUAAAAUAAUUGAUAUGCCAGGUGGAGUACAUAUACAUGUGCCUGUUGGGAAGUCUAGGAAGGUCAAAGGAAGAGCUAGUUAUCCCAUUGUAGAUAUUGAUUUGCCAAAAGUUGAUUACCAAGUGUCUGGUGUAUCUGAGAGGUUCAGACCUUAACCUUGAUGACCUCACAGUGAAAUUCUAAAUUCCCAAAUGCAAUACUUCUAAACUGGGUAGUUAUACCAGAAUACCAGAUAUAGACUCAAGUUUUCCCAGUAUUAAUGCCUCAGUCCCUAACCUCCACCCCAGUGUGGAUUAGUGGUUUCACAGCCAUAUUUUAAUUAGAGAAGAACUGACCUCAAGGGCAAUAAACAUCAUAGGAAAGCACCAGCUGGUGAAACCGACAAAUAAAAAACAGUCUAAAAUUGUUAUGUUCAUGACAAAUUUGACUCAUGGUUCAAACCCCAACAUUUCUGAAGAUCAAUAAUAUUUGAUCACUGCAAAGUAUUUCCCAUACAUGUCAAAGAUGAUGUACCAAACGGAACUGGGAGCCUGAAAAAUCGACACAAGGAAGAGUCAAACCGUAGAUCUCAUACACUCAGAAGUCUCGACUUCAGUUCAUCAAAUGUGGACCUUAAAGUUCCAGAAGCUGAGAACUUAAAAGGGUCGAAACUUACAAAGCUUACAUAGCAUUCAGAUAACUGACUAAGUGUAAUUUUAGGCUUGUUUUAAUCACAAUCUUCUGUUGAAACGUAAUGCAGAAAACUUCUGUUACUUGAACUUAGUUGUACUUUUUAGGUAAAUUGAUUGGUAUUUGUUAUGAAUGUUAAAAUUGAAUGUGUAAAGGGUUCACAUUUUGUCAAAUUGUUUUACAAAAUGGAUGAAAAGCUAUUUGAAAAGGUGUUUUAACUGUACACUUGCUGUAUUAAAAUAAUUUGUUUUGUCUUUACAAUAAUGCAAGAAAACAAUUAAUUCAAAACAACUUCCAACUGCAUUAGCCUAGGAAACAUUAUUCUGACCCAAUCCUGACUGUUAUACUCACAGACAAUAUUUUUACAGUUUUUUUUUAUCCUAAGCUGUCAAUUAUAUGCAUAUUCUAGCAUCUUGUCCUGACAAAAUAUCCCGUUUACUACGGGAACGUGAUAUUUUCCAAAAAUGAAAAUACUGCCCCCUAGUCACAAAAGGAUAAUGCAAGAAAACAAUUCAUUCAAAACAACUUCCAACUGCAUUAGCCUAGGCAACAUUAUUCUGACCCGAUUCUGACAGUAGGCCUUAUUUUCCAUAUUUUUGGACUUGAAAAACGUUCAAUUCAUUCUGUCAAGUAUGAUAAAACAUUUAACUCAACUGCUA